UCUGGGUAUACCCACCUGUAACCAACCACUUUGAAUAGUUUGACACAAUGAUGGCACCUAAUGAUGAAAGGGUCGGGGUGGAUAAAUUUGGCAAAGCUCCAACCGCUAUUGGUCGGUCCAUUAGUCUCACGAGCAAGACCUCCUCCUCACUUCUACGUGCCCUGAGGAAGCCGCUGGGUCGGUCACUGUCUACUAGGAUGCGCCAAGUGUCGCUGGCAUCCAUCAAGGCCAUGCCGGAACUAUGCGGUGUCUGUUAUGAGUUGGUAUACACGCCCGGUUCCUGGUCAAGAGGCCGCCGAUUUGUUAACCGCGGAACCUACCCUGAGUUGGGUUUGACCAUCGCCAAAAUAAGCACGCUGCAGACAGAAGCCUGUGAGCUCUGUCGAGCUUUGUCAGACCUCACGGGCAACACUCAGCAAGGCAACAUGGGCUGGGAGAUCCGCGAGCUCCCCCUCAUCAUGAUAUCGGAUUCAAAGUACGAUACCGAUGUGCCUUCAUUCAUGGUUGUAGUCCCUUGGAACUCUGGAGUGACUCUGAGGGCGGUAGAAAGAGAAGAGGAGAGGAGAAGCCUGUAUCGUAGCGCCUCCAAGAGAGGGCAGUUGAUUUGUUGCCCUAGGAUCGAAGAGGGCAAACCUCGAUUAUUCUCGCCCCGGAUCGUCGGCAAGAGGAUCGAUCCAGGAAUUAUCGGGUCUUGGCUAUCAGCCUGUGACACCCAUCACCCAUUGUGCACGGCAUCGGAGAGCAGAGAUACGGCGCCUGAUGCUAACUUCAUCGACUGUCAGACGCGGACCUUGAUAUCAGGUAGUGACCUGCCUCCUGCUGCGGAGUAUGUGGCUUUGAGCUACGUUUGGGGCGUCAAGACUCCAGCAAAAGCAGGGCCAGAAACAAGCAAGAGACCCGGCAGUACUCUACCGGAUCAUAUCCCAACCGUCAUAGGAGACGCCAUCAAAGUGACGCUAGCUCUCGGGUUCCAAUUCCUUUGGGUGGACCAAUACUGCAUCGAUCAGAAGAACCAAGCGACGAAACACAAGCAGAUCUUCCACAUGGACGCCAUCUAUAGGCACGCUUGUUUCACCAUUAUCGCCGCCGCCGGUGCUGAUCAGAGCACUGGCCUGCCUGGGGUCACGCAAGACCGACCUGCAAGGCAAACCUCCAUUCAGACAGACGAAGUGAGCAUCUUGUCAACGCUACCAUCGCCAGUAAAUCAGAUCGUCAAUUCGAAAUGGGCUAGUCGUGCAUGGACUUUCCAGGAAGCCAUACUCUCUCACAGGCGACUGGUCUUCACGGAGGACCAGCUCUACUUCGAGUGUGACUCCAUGCACUGCUAUGAGAGCCUAUCUGUCUCAUUCGAAAUGCUGUAUGCCACUCACAGUCGGCACUCGGAUGAGCAUAACAACUUCAUAAAGCCGAAACUUUUCGGAUUCGGACAUCAUACGGCCGGCAUUCUGACAUAUGUCCACUGUGCCGAGGAGUACACGAGGAGAUCACUCACGUUUGAUGAGGAUUCCCUCAACGCUUUCACCGGUGUGACUAGGAACUUAGAAAAGACUAGGAAGCCUCCUGUGCGAAACAUCAGCGGCAUCCCGUUCCUGCACCCAUCAGACGUUGCAACUCCAAGUUGCAAUUAUCUACAGAUGCUUCUGGCAGGUCUGGCAUGGAGGCAUCAGCCCACGACUGGCGCAUCUCCGCGGAGGAGGCAGGGUUUUCCUUCCUGGUCGUGGGCAGGAUGGGCUGGAUCGGUAGUCUGGCCGGACAAGAACCAGUACGCCGCAAUCUUGAACGAGGGGACGACAUCCGGGCUCGGUGCCGUGAGGCUUCAACUUGAGGACGAUAGCAUCGCCAAGAUCUCAGACAUGGACUUCCGGACCGACGAACAGGCGGUCCGGCGCCCCCGAGCGUUGUUCCUAGACGCCGUGGCCCUGCCACGAGACGCAUUGGUGUUCGACCAGGGGUCGAAUGUGUUGAGGUCCCAGAGUGGUGGCGAGAUCAGGUUCUAUCCGAGCAAGGAAGGCCUCACGCCGGCGAAGACCUCCAAGCGGCUCCAUUCCGGUCGGUACGAGGCUCUUCGUCUCGUCACGCUUGGUGAUAACCUAUACAUGCUGCUGGUCAAGCGGUACCGAUCGUCCUACUACCGGAUCGGUCUGAUGAUGACCAAGACAUUUUGGAUGCUGCUCCCUCCCGGCGACGAAAAUACGAGGACAUUCAAGCUCAAGUAGGCAGAUGGAACCGAUUCUAAGGAUCGGAAAGUGGGCUUUUCCAUCCCAUAGAAAAUUCAUAGCGUCGUUGGUCGCAUCCACUGCCCGGAAGAUUGGUUUCGAGGCGGAUUCCGAUGCAAAUUCCAACACUUUGAAAGAAGGCGAUAUAUGCCUAAGUACAUUUCAGAGGAGAUUGGAUGUUAGCCAGUGUAUGAGCAGCGAUUAGUACUUACUUUACCUCCUUUCCUUUUCCUUCAUUACACAUUUACUGGCUAAUGUCUAAUUUUUCCCCAACA